CUUAGUAACAUGCCGCUUGCGCAUGCGUGAACAAAACAUGUCUGGAAAAUGGCGGGUUGAAUUUGCAGAAGGUUUAAAAGGUAUGAGGUGUUAAAAGCUUAGUGUGUGAAAAACAUGGAGGAAUUUGAGAAACAGAUUCGAGAAAAGACAAAGAAAACACGGACGUCUACCCGCCUUCUGACACAUAACGAUGAAAAGAUCCUGGGUCAGAACACUGCACGGAAACAGGAAGUGGUGGCAGACAACCAGAAGUUCCACACCAAUAAAAUGAGAACGUAUGCCAGUGCGUGGACACCGGUAGUUAACAAGCCAGCUAAUGAACAGAUUUUCAAUGAACGAAGAGAUCUGAUUUCUCAUUGGUUUGACCUGUGGACGAAUUCUCAGAGGAAGCGUUUUUUUGCGGCAGUGUUUCAGCAGUGUGAGCGACCUCAGUACAAAUUUAUACAGUACUGGUUUCAGGACCACGUUCCCUUACAGCACUUGGAUUUCACCACCGUUCUGCCAAAGUUUCUGUCUCUGUAUAUAUUCUCCUUUCUGGACCCCAAGUCGCUCUGUCGAAGUGCUCAGGUCUCUUGGCAUUGGAAGUUUCUGUCCGAACAGGAUGUUGUGUGGAUGCCUAAGUGUUUGAAUUAUGGCUGGUUCCUCCCCUACAAGGCACCAGACAAUGAAUUUGGAGCUUGGAAGAAGUAUUACCUGGGCUGUGUUCAGACACCUGAUUACAGGCCAGCACUGGAUAUUCAGGAAACCAAACCAUUCCAGAAUCAGUCUGCAUCCAAGAAGAGAAAACAGCCGAAGUCUGCGCGAGGGUCAGGAAGGAUGUCACCCACCAGCAGCAGUACAGCAAUGAAGGUUAGGCCACCUUGGGUGUCUGCCUCGUUGAAACCAAAUGACCUUGACAAGUCCUUUCACGCGUUUCUCCAUGGAGCUAACGCUAAUGACCCCAAACUACCCAAAUCUGCCUUAGUCUACCACAACAAGUGGGGUAUUGUACGAAAAAACCAUGAGCUGGCACUGAGCAAGUCCCAGAAUUUCGAUCUAGGCCUGGGAUCCACCCACAGAAAGGAGGGGCACAGGAUUAUGACAUCUGGCAUUGACCAUGACCUGCAAAAAUCGGCCCAGAGAAAGUCCCUCUCAGAGGUUAUGGACUUGAUCAACCUGGAGGAGAAGCGCAAGAAGGACCUGGUGGAUUCUCCAUGGAAUCCCCCAGUGGAGGGAAACAGGACCCAGAUGCAGUGGUUUGGGAAUGAUACCCUGAUGUCGGGUUACGAGGCGUACCCCACGUCGACAGAGUUCCGGACGCUGAGUCGGACCCUCCCACUGAUGGGGGUUGAUGACCAUGACCACCCUCGCUUGGUCAUCAUUUCGUCCCGUGUCCCUGCAGCUGAUCUGUUGGUCGAUGCUGUAUUGUUUGGGGUGAUACCUGUUGUUUACGAAUAUGAAGGGACAACAGCAGAAGCCCUGAUGAUGAAAUUGGAGAAAGUCCUUGCAGGUCGCACAGCGAGGAGUAUUGGGCUGUUCUGUCACUCACAAGAACCCGGGGAGCUACGAUUGGCUCAUGGCUGUACUGUUACUAUGGAGACACUGAAUAGAGCCGAUGUCGUGGAUUUCUUCACCAAAAUUUGCAGGCGACACAUUCUUCCUUCUGACCAAGGUGGACAGUUCGAUAUAUUUGUGCCACUUGCAGCUUGCGAACCAGGACUGGAGAUUGUUGUACAGCUCAGCAUCAGGACAGAGCUUCAGUUUUCAUCUCCUACUGGCAUUAUAGGCAAUUACAAUCAUGUCAACUCUGAUUGGCUGAUUCCAUACAAGGAGGGUAGACCUGCAAAAACUCUUCAGCCUCCACAUGUUUAUUUCUGUCCUAGUAAGCUGGAUGUGUGGUCAAAUGUGGCUGACCAAGCAAUGGAGGCAUUAUCAUCCUGUAAACUACACAUCGGACAAUUCCUGGAGAAAACUCAUAGGGACAUUGUAUCUCAGCUGACCGGUCAGUUGGUGUUUGAUGUCCUUGGACAGACGGAGAUCCAGGGGGUAAAGAAUGUAACCAACACUCUGUCAGAGGCCCUGGUUCAGCUCGGGAAACAGGAAAAUGACGUUAACGCCCUAGAAUUCCUUGGACAGUAUCUGUUAGAGAAAUCGGGUGUAGAUGAUCUGGCCUUCACGAGCUCACUGGAAAAGUCCCUUGUGCCAGCUGAUCACAGUGAGGAUGAAGAUGAGGAGGUGACCAGAAUCAAUGGUCACGGUCGAACAGAAGAUCAGGAGGAGGUCAAGGCUGACUGGGGAGACACUGAACCAGAGGAUCAAGAGAUAGAAAGUUACUACACACAACACCAUGAUCAUGAUUUCAAUGACCCACCCCCUCUUGACGAAACAUCACGUCACAUGGACGAGGAGAAUGAAGAUAUCUCCCAAGACAAAAGCCUCGGUGAGACAGUGAGACCCCCAGCAGAUAUGCCAGAGAAAGCUCAAAUGGAACAGAGCGAGAAGGAAGAAAACCGUCAACAAAAACAAAAACGUCAGAGACUAGUACAGCAGGCAGAUAAUCUACGCGUCACGUUUGGUUCCAUGAGGCUCAGCGGAAAAUAUGAACGUCUGAGUGCUAAGCAGUUCCACGACCACCCUGAGAAAAGGACGCCCAUAGCCAUGGAGAUCCUGAGUAGUGAGGUGGAAUAUAACAGAACUCUUCAGGCCGUGAAGGAUGUUUACGUCAAACCACUCAGGGCAGCCUUAAACUCUAAUAGGGCAAUAGCAAGUUUCCAGAAUGUGCAGAUUAUUUUUACUGACUUGCUGCAGCUGUUGGAUGCCAGCAGCGAGAUGCUUGCUGACCUGAAGGACCGAGUAGCUGAAUGGGAUGCCACCCACUCCUGUAUGGGAGAUAUUUUUGUGCGGUUCUGUACCCACCUGAAGUUGUACACAAACUUUGUGAAUAACUAUGAUGUCAUUCUGCAAUGUAUAGAAAGGACCAAAGAACAAACCCCUGCCUUCCGAGCUUUCCUCAAACGUCACGAAAGAAUUCCUGCCACAAGAAUGAUGACGUUACCUGAGCUGCUGCUGUUGCCAGGGCGACGAAUUAAUGAGUAUGUGACUUUACUGAGUUGGUUUGAGCUCCAUACUCCCUCUACUCAUCAGGACAGAGCAGAUCUUGCUGAUGCCAUAGAAACACUCAAGGUUGUCAAUAGGCAUGUUCAAGAGAGCAAGACGAGGAUGGACAGAGACAGGAGAAUGAUAAAGCUUCAGAAGACUAUACUAAACUGCCCUAGUUUACUAGAAUCCAACAGAUACCUCGUCAAACAACAAGAUGCUGCCAAUAUGAAACCACCCUCAACCCAGUCCACCAUUCCAGAGCUCAGGGUGUACCAGCACAUUGAGAUGCUGGGACUCUUCCUGUUCAAUGAUGCCCUGGUGGUGACACGAAGAACAGACAAGAACUUCCCCUUCACGAGGGCAGUAGAACACACGUACAGGUUUGAGAGCAGUCUAGCCCUGUCAAGGCUGCGAGUUCGAGACAUUCCCGAGUCUAAGUAUAUACGCUAUGGGUUUAAACUAGAAACCCCAAAGAGAGCUCUUCACUGUGCUGUGGAAACGGAGGAAGAAAAGUUUAACUGGAUCAGCCUCUUAGAACAAGCUAUACGAUCUGCCAUUGACAUAUAGUGACAUUCUGUCAGCAAACCGGUUAUAAAGUUCUGGCCGUAUAGUAGUAGACCAGUAAAAUCUCGUCCCUUUAGCUUUAAUAUUAGCACUCUCAUUGUUCAUUUUACAUUUUAAUAUUCAUUGUGAUAUUUUUUUUAUAUCACUGUUAUACAGAUUGUUGAUAUAUUAUUGUUUGUAAUUUAGAAAUUUAUUAUUUGCACACAUGCACACACAUAAACAGUUUGUCUGUGAUAUUUACCAGUAUUUGCCCUUCUGUAGUGCUGACUAGUGUGUAUCGAGAUGAUUUUGAUUUUAAUGUGUCUGCUUUAGCUGUUACACUUGUCAGUGAGUUGUUUGUUGAAAUUUAUGACUAAGAUCAAAUGAAUUUAGUGCUGUUCCUUUCUGUUGCUGUCAAUAUUAACUAGCAGUUAUAAAAUUAUUUACAUAUAACAAGGUACAUGUGCACUUAAACUAUUGUAUAGCUGACUGAUAAACUUAUUUGGUUGUGAUAUAAAUAGAUAUAUUUUUUUUAUGUAGGAUAGUUAACAUUGUUUAUGUAUGUAGAGAACCAGUGUCGUAUAGAAUAUUGUUACUUCUGAAUUGUUUUCUGUGUUUUUCAUAGUGACUUGUUACAAUUCCUUGUUUUGUUAUUAGAUAUCCCUAGCCCAUGUUGACUGGAUAUCCCUAGCCCACAAUGGCUAGAUAUCCCUCCUUGCUAUGUCAAUUAGAUAUCCCUGGCCCAUGUUGACUGGAUAUCCCUAGCCCACAAUGACUAGAUAUCCCUCCUUGCUAUGUCAAUUAGAUAUCCCUGGCCCAUGUUGACUGGAUAUCCCUAGCCCACAAUGACUAGAUAUCCCUCCUUGCUAUGUCAAUUAGAUAUCCCUGGCCAUGUUGACUGGAUAUCCCUAGCUGACAAUGGCUAGAUAUCCCUCCUUGCUAUUCAGACUAGGUGUCAUUGAACCACAAUAACUUAAUUCCCUUCCUCACAGUCUGGAUAUCAACUUUACAGAGUAAAUAUCCAUGUCCAACUCUCGCUGGAUAUUCCCUGUACAGCGUGUGUACAGUUACUGGAUAUUUAUACUGAAGGGAUAUCCGUUUUCCUUAGUUACUGGAUAUGUAUACUGAAGGGAUAUCCGUUUUCCUUAGGUACUGGAUAUUUAUACUGAAGGGAUAUCCGUUUUCCUUAGUUACUGGAUAUUUUAUACUGAAGGGAUAUCCGUUUUCCUUAGUUACUGAAUAUUUAUACUGAAGGGGUAUCCGUUUUCCUUAGUUACUGGAUAUUUUAUACUGAAGGGAUAUCCGUUUUCCUUAGUUACUGGAUAUUUAUACUGAAGGGAUAUCCAUUUUCCUUAGUUGAAGGGAUAUCCAUUUUCCUUAGUUACUGGAUAUUUAUACUGAAGGGAUAUCCGUUUUCCUUAGUUACUGGAUAUUUUAUACUGAAGGGAUAUCCGUUUUCCUUAGUUACUGAAUAUUUAUACUGAAGGGAUAUCCGUUUUCCUUAGUUACUGGAUAUUUUAUACUGAAGGGAUAUCCGUUUUCCUUAGUUACUGGAUAUUUAUACUGGAGGGAUAUCCGUUUUCCUUAGUUACUGGAUAUUUAUACUGAAGGGAUAUCCAUUUUCCUUAGUUACUGAAUAUUUAUACUGAAGGGAUAUCCAUUUUCCUUAGUUACUGGAUAUCAAAGUCCCACAUUGACACACCCUCUCCACAGUGAAUGGUAAACAUCUCCAGCAGUGACUGGAUAUCUCUCUUAUUGGUCAGAUAUCUCUGUCCCAGUGACUGAGUUUCACAAUUGACUAGAUAUCUUUAUUCAGCAGUGACUGGCUUCACAUCUCCAGUAGCGACUGAUAUCCAAGUUCCACAUAGGCUGGAAUAUCACCUCAUCACAGUGAUUAGACAUGAUAUUCACACAUUGGCUACAGGGAUAUCUCCUGCUCUGUUACGAGUAACUGUCCCCCUCUCUCCGUCCAUUAUUAAUGGCCAUUCUCCGUCCAUUAUUGUUAAUGGCCACUUUUGGUCAUGGUUUACAGGAUCUGUUAAGUUUUUGUUUGCUGUUUUUGCUGUUAAGAUGGGUCAUUAUUUUGUGACCCUGAAGUUUUAUCUGAUAGUUGACCUGCAUGGUCCUCGUUGAAAACACUGUAUAACCAGUUGAUUCAUCUUUAUCAAAAACGUGAUACAAUUUUUUAAGUUAUUUCUUUUUGACGGAUGUUUUAAUGUAAAGAAAAGGUUUCUAUAAAUAGUCAUGUGCUUAUUUCUCUGUUAAUAUUAGGUUUAUUUUGAUAUGCAUAAUUAUGGUAGGUUAUUUUAGAAGUUUUCUUUUUUAAUCUUUUUUAAAUAUACAAAUGUACAUGUAUAUUUUUCCUAAGUAAUGGACAAACUUUGAAUGCACUCGUAUAACCCAAAUUUGUAUUUUUCACCUUUGAAACAAAUUAUGAGCACGAUUAGAUAAGUUUCCAUGUGAUUUGUGAAAGACUUUGGUAUGCAUCCUAACAAACGUCACUGUGCCCUACAUUACAUUUCCUCAACAUUUUCUCGGGAUUGUUCAUAAUAGCGUUUACACAUUGUAUAGAAUUAUGUGUAUGACCUUUGUUAUCAUAAACCUUUUGGAUAUUUAUUGCUAUUUUGAAUUAUUGUUUUCUUGCUUGUAGAGGAAAAAAAGGUAUUAAGGAUAGAAAUAAAUUUCUUUUCACACUU